AUGUCAUCCCCUCGUGGGGGUGUACCCAUCCCAGCUGUACCAGUCCCAUCCCCACAAGAUGACUCCACCCGGAAGAAGACCAACAUGAUGCAGAGCAGUCUCGAGUUGGUGUUCUCAUACCGUCGACACCAAGAGAUGCGAUAUGGUGGAUCGGCACCUUCCUUUAUCGACUCCACCUCCUCUCGCUCUCACUCUUCCCCUACUGGACGUCUCGAUGAAUCAUACCAGGAUGAUGACAGGGAUGUGUCGCACAGGUGGGCCGACUUAGAAGCUGCUGUGACGCCCGCAGAUGGACGUCGCUCCUCCGAUGCAUCGAACUUGAUGGCGGAGGGGGAUCCGGAGGUGGUAUUUGAAGAAGAGCCUAAUCCUAGUCAAGAGAGGAGAGUCUCCGAAGAACCUUCACUCUUUCACUCGGAUCCACUACCUACCGCUAGAGGCACCAACACAAGUCCGGUGACAUCCAAUCAAGCCAGUCCAAUCAUUCGUCCAACAGCAAGCGGAAAAGGUUUGAUUUCGAUCAACAUGUUCUCGCCAAGAACUACGCCUUCUCAUCUCAGUACUUCUCUUGGAACCAAAUCAAGUAGCAGUCAAACAGCCUUACGUAGCAGAUCAGCUCAUGAAAAUCUCACCGAGGACGAUGAUACGGAAGAACCUUUAGACAGCACAGAUGAUGAAUCGGACGCCUUGGUGAAGAGCAACCAUCAGACUCAGUACGGUACCAUGGGUGUCCAUGGCGGAGAUGCUGUAUCUAGGACCAAAGUUAGGCGAUUAAGAUAUCCCGAAGGACAGAGUACAGAUGGACAAACACUGUUCAAUGCCACUGCUGUGCUAGUAGGGAUAGGUCUAUUAUCGAUGCCUCUGGCUUUCGCAUAUGCCGGAUGGAUUGGAGGAACAGUGAUGCUGUUGAGCUUUGGCUGGUUGACCUGUCACACUGCCAAAUUAUUGGCAAGCCUUAUACGAUCGGAUCCGACCCUGAUGGGAUACACCGAUAUCGGUGUGAGAGCUUUUGGAACUUGGGCUGGAGGUGGGAUCCAUAUCUUAUUUUGUCUCGAGCUCUUUGCCUUAGGUGUCGCUCUCGUUGUUCUGUUCGGUGAUACGCUUAACGCCUUAUAUCCCGAGGUGUCUUCCAAUUUCUGGAAGCUGAUCGGGUUUUUCUUGAUACUCCCCACAGCACUAUUACCCCUCCGUCUGCUAUCACUGCCUUCCCUGCUGUCAUCGAUCUCUUCACUUCUCCUAGUUCUCGUCCUGCUUAUCGACGGCUUCAUCCGCUCCUCCGCCCCAGGAUCCCUCCGCAGCCCAAUGCCCACAUCGCUAUCACCAGAAUGGGAGAACGCCAAUUGGCUAGGUGGGAUAGGUCUUGUGCUGGCUGGAUUCGGGGGACAUGCGGUUAUGCCUAGUUUAGCAAGAGAUAUGAAGAAUCCGGAACGAUUCGACAAUAUCGUUAACAAAGCUUUUGCAAUCGCCACUGCUAUCUCUUUCGUAGCGGGAGCAGCAGGAUACCUUAUGAUCGGGCAAGAUGUUUCGGAUGAGAUAACGCGAGAUUUGAUGCAAGAGAAAUAUCAGUAUCCCCAUCUACUUAAUGUGUUAGCUUUAUGGAUGAUAGUCGUGAAUCCUCUCACGAAGUUCGGUUUGAGCUCAAGGCCACUCAAUAUAACCAUCGAAGGCAUACUUGGUAUAUCGCCUGCUCAUCUCGGCUUGGCUUCGAACGAAUCGACUUUUUACCCAUCCCAAAUCGAGGAUGUCGAUCCAUUGGACUCGGGAUCGAAAUCAGACCGCAAUGAAAGAAGGUCGUCCCUCGAGCAACCUCGCAGAAACUCACAUCGCCGAGCAUCACGAGGGUUUGGUGAAUCAGAUUGGUCUUAUAGGUCAUUUGGACGACAACGUCCAGGUAGUGCAGGAAAUAUCAUCAGACCGAAUCAAGAGAGACGAAAAGCCACCUUGAGAGUGAUAUCCAGGACAGUCAUCACUGCCUUGUGUGUUGCGACUGCCAUUCUCCUUCCUGGUUUUGGAAAGGUGAUGGCUUUCUUGGGUAGUUUUUCGGCUUUUGUCAUUUGCAUUAUUCUUCCAUUGCUCUUCCACCUGAAACUCGCUCCUCGACUGAUUCCCAGCACCGAAAACUCCGCUUCCGGUAGACUACAGAAGUCUGGUCAUUGGAUCUUAGUGGGCGUAUGUAGCUCGCUGAUGAUAGCUGGCACGGUGUGGGCAUUCUUGCCUGGAAGUGGGCAUGGAGGCUUAGAACCUUAG